CUGCCCAAGCACUGCUUCAUCGGCGCUUUGCCACUUGUACCCGAGUUGUUGAUCUUCAACAUGUCCGAGACUGCUCCUGCCGCUCCUGCUGCCGCGCCUCCGGCGGAGAAGGUCCCUGUAAAGAAAAAGGCGGCCAAAAAGGCCGGGGGAGCGCCUCGUAAGGCGUCCGGUCCUCCUGUGUCCGAGCUCAUCACCAAGGCGGUAGCUGCCUCUAAAGAGCGCAGCGGAGUUUCUCUGGCUGCUCUGAAAAAAGCGUUGGCUGCCGCCGGCUAUGAUGUGGAGAAAAACAACAGCCGCAUCAAACUUGGUCUCAAGAGCCUGGUGAGCAAGGGCACUCUAGUGCAGACGAAAGGUACUGGCGCUUCUGGCUCCUUUAAACUCAACAAGAAGGCAGCCUCCGGGGAAGCCAAGCCCAAGGUUAAGAAGGGGGGCUCAACCAAGCCUAAGAAGCCAGUUGGGGCAGCCAAGAAGCCCAAGAAGGCGGCUGGCGGCGCUACACCGAAGAAGAGCGCUAAGAAAACACCGAAGAAAGCGAAGAAGCCGGCGGCGGCCACUGUGACCAAGAAAGUGGCCAAGAGCCCAAAGAAGGCCAAGGUUGCGAAGCCUAAGAAAGCUGCCAAAAGUGCUGCUAAAGCUGUGAAGCCCAAGGCUGCAAAGCCCAAGGUUGUCAAGCCUAAGAAGGCGGCACCCAAGAAGAAAUAGGCGAACGCCUACUUGCAAAACCCAAAAGGCUCUUUUCAGAGCCACCACUGAUCUCAAUAAAAGAGCUGGAUAUUUGGCUUUGC